UUCUUCAUCAUUAUCACCUCCUUUUUUUUUUUUUCUCUACAUUAUUCUCGCAGCCUCUCUUUAUCUCUUCUUUUUUUUCUUCUUCAUUUUUAAUGUCGGUUUAGCUAUAUUUCCUUUAGUUUCUUUAUAUUUGAGAGUUGAAGUUGAGGUUUGAGUCGGGGGUUUAAAAAUCUUUAUUUAGCUGUUUUUAGUUGUUUUUGGCUAUUUUCUUAUGUGGGUAUUGCUUACUUUUGGUGAAAAACACUUGGUUUUGAGUUGUGUGAUCGUUGAAUAGGGUGUAUUUGCAGAAGUAUAAGGAGUUUUUGAUCCUUUUUCUACUAAUUUGGGGGGAGAAAAUUGACUGUUCAGCUGGUUUUGGCUGUUUUAUCAUCUGGGUAUUGCUUAGUUUUUGGUAAAAAACACUUGGUUUUGAGUUUUGUGAUCGUUGAACAGUGGUGAAUAACGUGUUGUUUUUUUCUUGGAUUUUCAUUCUCUGUUUGUUUGGGGAUAAACGUGUUUAUUUAGCUAGUUUUUGCCAUUUUCUUAUCUGGGUCUUGCUUAGUUUUUGCUAUUUAGCUGAAGUAGAAGGGGUGAUCUCUGAUUUUUUUCUGCUAAUUUUGGGGAUAAAAGUCUUUAUUCGGCUAGUUUUUGCCAUUUUCUCAUCUGGGUCUUGCUUAGUUUUUGGUAAAAAAAAGACUUGAUUUUGAGUUGUGAUUGCUGUACAGUGGUGAUCAAGUUGUUUUUCUCUUCGAUUUGGGGAUAAAAUUGAUUGUUCAGCUGUUUUUCACCAUUUCCUUAUUUGGGUCUUGCUUAGUUUUUAGUAAAAUCGCGUAUAAUCGUGAGUUGUGAUCGUUGAGUACGGGUGAUCAAGGUGAUCUUUUAGUCGAUCCAAUGGUGGAUAUAAGUGAUAAAGUGGGUGAUCAUAAGGUUCAAGAAACUGAAGAGAUGAGUGGUCAAAGCAAAACUCCAGAAAGGGUGUCAUUAGAGACUAGCCAGAAAACUUGUGCUGAUUGUGGAACCACAAAAACUCCUCUUUGGAGAGGUGGACCUGCUGGACCUAAGUCUUUAUGCAAUGCAUGUGGGAUCAGGAGCCGGAAGAAGCGAAGAGCUCUUUUGGGAUUGAACAAAGAAGACAAGAAGGCAAAGAAAUCUUCAAAUAAGAGCAUCGACAAUCAUCCUCGUCAUCAUCAGAACCAGAGUAGUAACAGCAGCAGUACAAGCAGCAGCGGAGAAAGUACAACUAGUAAAGCAGUAGUCGAGACGAACGAAUGCAUUCCAUUCAAAAAGCGAGCAUUGCAUUUCGGUAGACCAAAAUUGAACUCAACGCAUACAAGGAAAUUGAGUGAAGAAGAACAAGCGGCGUUCUUGUUGAUGGCUCUUUCUUGUGGUUCCGUUUACGCUUAGACGAAGAAGAUAAAAAAAUGGUUGUACUUAUCGCAGUGAUUGUAGUACUUUUUUCGGGUCAGUAGAUGCAUAGAUAGAAUCUUGAAUGAUAGAAGAGGAAGAAGAAAAUGGUUGUACUUAUUGCUGCGAUUGUAGUACCUUUUCGAGCCGGUAGGUAGAAUUUUGAAUGGUAAUGGUUUGAGUUGGUUGUACUAAUGGCAGUGAUUGUAGUACCUUUUUCGGGCUGGUAGGGUAAAAGAGCUUAAUCAAUUUGAGAGCUCACAAGAAUGUAGGGUUGAGAAUUGUCUUGUUAGUUUCAAUUUAAUUUAAUUAAUUUUAAUCUAAGUUGAAUUCAUUA